UAUAAAGCAGGUGCCGAAUCUUGCGCAUGACAGUUUCAGGUGAUUCCUCCCGCCGGUCAAAGCCUUCUGCUUGAAUUCUUUACCCUGUCCGUUACACUAGACACAACAUAUCAAGAUGCGUGAAAUCGUACAUCUUCAGGCUGGACAGUGCGGCAACCAGAUCGGUGCCAAGUUCUGGGAGGUGAUUUCUGAUGAGCAUGGCAUUGACCCCACCGGCACAUACCAUGGUGACAGCGACCUCCAGUUGGAGAGAAUCAACGUCUACUACAAUGAGGCCACCGGAGGAAAAUAUGUCCCCCGUGCCGUUCUCGUAGACUUGGAGCCUGGCACCAUGGACAGUGUGCGCUCAGGUCCCUUCGGUCAGAUCUUCAGGCCAGACAACUUUGUGUUUGGACAAUCCGGUGCCGGAAACAACUGGGCCAAGGGUCACUACACAGAGGGAGCUGAGCUGGUGGAUUCAGUGCUUGAUGUAGUCAGAAAGGAAGCAGAGGGCUGUGAUUGUCUCCAGGGAUUCCAACUUACCCACUCCCUUGGAGGUGGCACUGGCUCAGGAAUGGGAACCCUUCUCAUCAGCAAAAUCCGUGAGGAGUACCCCGACAGAAUCAUGAACACAUUCUCCGUUGUCCCAUCCCCCAAGGUAUCCGACACAGUUGUUGAGCCCUACAACGCCACACUCUCAGUGCAUCAGCUGGUUGAAAACACAGACGAGACCUACUGCAUUGACAACGAAGCCCUCUACGACAUUUGCUUCCGUACCCUGAAGCUCACCACCCCCACAUACGGUGACCUGAACCAUCUGGUCAGCGCCACCAUGUCUGGAGUGACCACCUGUCUCCGAUUCCCUGGUCAGUUGAACGCUGACUUGAGGAAACUGGCUGUCAACAUGGUGCCCUUCCCCCGUCUUCACUUCUUCAUGCCAGGCUUUGCUCCCCUCACUUCCCGUGGCAGCCAACAGUACAGAGCUUUGACCGUCCCUGAACUCACCCAGCAGAUGUUCGAUGCCAAGAACAUGAUGGCUGCUUGCGACCCACGUCACGGCCGUUACCUGACGGUGGCCGCCAUGUUCCGUGGCCGCAUGUCCAUGAAGGAGGUGGAUGAGCAGAUGCUCAAUGUGCAGAACAAGAACUCCUCCUACUUCGUGGAAUGGAUCCCCAACAACGUGAAGACCGCCGUCUGUGACAUUCCUCCACGUGGUCUCAAGAUGAGCUCUACCUUCAUCGGAAACAGCACUGCCAUCCAGGAGCUGUUCAAGCGUGUGAGUGAGCAGUUCACUGCUAUGUUCAGGCGCAAGGCUUUCUUGCAUUGGUACACUGGCGAGGGCAUGGAUGAGAUGGAGUUCACUGAGGCUGAGUCCAACAUGAACGAUCUGGUGUCUGAGUACCAGCAGUACCAGGACGCCACCGCUGAGGAGGAGGGAGAGUUCGACGAGGAGGAGGAGGAUGGAGAGAUGGCUUAAAAGCUUCCUUUACCUCACCCACCUGAAAGAUCAAAGCAUUGAUGUUAUUGACGCAAUCAAAAUUUUCUUAAACUUUUUUGGUUUUUGUUACCUUUGGUAUUUUGAGUUCUGUUACCAAAGUCCCAAUUGAACCCUGUUCUACGCAUGAGUUCAAAACGCUUUAUUGCCAAUAUUUGGACAGAGAAGCUGUACUUCUGCAUUCCAUUGUUGUAAAUUUUUAUUCAAAAUUGUUAUCAGGUAUUAAGACCCAAGUGUUUUUGUUCAUUUUUAGCAAUAAAGCUGAUUUUAGAUAACAAAAUGAA